CGAUCAGAAUUCAAAGUGACCUUAGAAAAUCAAAACAAGUGUAAAGCCACAUAAGAAAGAAGAAAAAAACAUUAAAUAUGUUUUGGUCGGUGAGGCGGGCUGUGACGAAGAUCAAGAUCAAUUCCCCGAAACUGACUCAAGAUCCAAAUACGUAUACGUAUCGAAAUCAAAAUCAAAAUUCGAAUCUGAAUACAAAUCUAGUCAAGAUGCGGCAGCAGCAGGAGCCAGCGAUGUACUAUUCAACCGAAUCCAUUCGAACUCACACAAUAUCCGGCGAACGUUGCCAAUCCCAUUUACUUGCAGCUGACAACAACAGCGUAUCUGGCGGCGGUGCAGGCGGAGGCGCCGGUAACAACAAUAGUGCUAAUAGCGGUAAGAACUCGACGCACAGGAUCGAAGAGACCAGUGCGAUCACCAAUCCAUUGUUGGAAAAAUGGCGCAAAAACUUCUACAGCGAACCGAAGAAUCUGCUGGCGCAGAACGUCUGCUCCCGCGUGGAUCCCUUCGAUGUGUGCCUGUCCAGGAAGGCCCUGGAGACCACCAAUCAUGUGUUCAACUAUAAGGUGGAAACGGAGGGUAAGCCGGUGACCAAUCAAAGAAGCUCCGGCCGCUGUUGGCUGUUUGCGGCCCUCAACUGCAUCCGCCUGCCAUUCAUGAAGAACUACAAUCUGGACGAGUUCGAGUUCUCGCAAGCCUUCCUCUUCUACUGGGACAAGAUCGAGCGUUGCAACUACUUCCUCAACAAUAUCGUAAAGACGGCACAGCGCGGCGAGAAGGUGGAUGGUCGUCUGGUGUCCUUCCUGCUCCUCGAUCCCACCUCCGAUGGCGGCCAGUGGGACAUGCUGGUCAAUCUGAUAACCAAACACGGCCUCAUGCCAAAGAAAUGCUUCCCCGAGAGCUUCAGCUGUGAGUCCAGCAUACGAAUGAACGCCAUACUGAAGAGCAAGCUACGGGAGUAUGCCCGCAAUUUGCGCGUGCUGCUGGACCAGAAUCCCACGGAGGAGGAGAUCGCCUGCAAGAUCCAGGAGCAAAUGGCCGAGAUCUACAAGGUGGUGGGCAUUUGCCUUGGCAUUCCUUCGGAGACCUUCACCUGGGAGUACUAUGACAAGAGCAAGAACUAUCAGUCCAUCGGUCCCGUCAGCUCGUUGGAGUUCUAUGAACGUUAUGUAAAGCCGCAUUUCAACGUGGAGGACAAGGUGUGCCUGGUCACCGACCCUCGGCCGACUAGUAGCUAUGAUCAGGCAUACACCGUCGACUGUCUGGGCAACGUGGUUGGCGGGCGCCCCGUUCUAUAUAACAAUCAGUCCGUGGAGCUGCUCCUGGCCGUUGUCACCAAGUCGCUGAAGGCCGGCGAGGCCGUUUGGUUUGGCUGCGAGGUCAGCAAGCGAUUCGCCUCCAAGCAGGGCAUCGAGGAUGUGGACGUCCACGAUUUCAAGCUGGUCUUCGACAUCGACAUACAAACGACAUUCUCCAAGGCGGACCGCCUGAUUUUCGGCGAAUCGGCCAUGACCCAUGCUAUGGUUUUCACCGCCGUCUCCGUGGAUAAGAGCGGCGUUGCCCAGAAACUGCGGGUGGAGAACUCGUGGGGCGAGGAUCGUGGCGAGAAGGGUUAUCUGGUGAUGAACGCCGACUGGUUCAGGGAGUUUGGAUUCGAGGUAGUCGUGGACAAGAAGUAUGUGCCCGAGGAUGUGCUGCGCGUGUUCGACAUGGAUCCGAUCGUCCUGCCCGCCUGGGAUCCCAUGGGCACGCUAGCACAGUAGGUCGCCAUCAAGCCACACCCCACACAUAUAUAUAUAUAUAUACAUAUAUAUAUAUUUAAAUACAAUAUAUACAAAGCUUUACGAGCAGCAAUCUUCGAGCGGCAUCCAAAUGUUCGAGUUACCGGC